AUGAUUGGAGGAAUUUUCCCCAUUUUUAAUAAACAAGAAAAUGUAAAUGCCUAUUUUGAGAGAAAAAUGCAAAGGAUUAAUUGUACAGGAUUUGACCUACGUGCCUUCCGGUGGACUCAAGUCAUGAUGUUUGCAAUAGAUGAAAUAAAUCAAGAUGAGGGUUUGCUUCCUAACAUUUCUUUGGGCUAUAAAAUAACGGAUUCUUGUGCUUCACCCUCUAAUGUUUUACGUGCAUCUUUCACACUGGUGAGUGUGGAGAAGGAAGAGGAAUCUACAACUCAGUGUCAACUUCCUCUUACAGCUCUUGUAGCUGAAUCAGGAUCAUCACAGUCCUUAGCUGUUGCUGGAACACUUGGACCAUUCAAAGUGCCAAUGGUAAGCUACUUUUCAACAUGUGCAUGUCUGAGUGACAGAAGAAAAUAUCCAUCAUUUUUUCGUACAAUUCCAAGUGACUACUACCAAGCAAAAGCCUUAGCCUCUCUUGUAAAACGGUACAGAUGGACUUGGAUUGGAGUUUUGCAGUCUGACAAUGAUUAUGGAAGAAAUGGGAUUUCAGCCUUUACAAAGGAGGUGGAUAAAAUGGGAGUUUGCAUUGCAUUUAUAGGCACAAUUUUAAGAACAUAUCCCCAAAGUAAAAUCGUUGAAGUUGUUGAAAUGAUAAAACAGUCUACGGUAAAAGUGAUUCUGGCUUUUGUACCAGAGGGAGAUCUCUAUCCCCUAAUGAAAGAAAUUGUGAAACAAAACAUCACAGGAAUCCAGUGGAUUGCAAGUGAAGCCUGGGUCACUGCAGCAAGGCCCUCUACCCCUGAAAUAUUCAAGUCUUUUGGAGGCACAGUUGGAUUUGUGGUACGAAAGAUGGCUAUGCCCAAACUUGGACGUUACCUGAAAAACAUCAGUCCGUACUCUCCUUCACAAUCUUCUUUUGUCAGUGACUUUUGGGAAACAAUGGUCAGUGAUCAGUUACAGAGGGUGUCUUUUGUAGAUGGAUAUGGACAAAAUGUGUUCUUUGAUGAGAAUGGAGACCCACCUGCAUCCUAUGAGGUCAUUAACUGGCAGCUAAGAGAGGGGGAGAUACCCAAAGCAGUGUGCUCAGACACCUGCCCAAAUGGCACAAGAAAAGCACAAAUAAAAGGACGGCCUAUUUGCUGCUUUGACUGCAUCACAUGUGCUGAUGGUUCAAUAUCAAAUAGAACAGCAGACUGCAUUCUUUGUCCUGAAGAAUACUGGUCAAAUGAAAGACGAGACAAGUGUGUCAUGAAAAUUACAGAGUUUCUGUCGUAUAUAGAAACAAUGGGGAUUAUUUUGACUGCUCUGUCACUCUUUGGAGCCAGUCUUACUGUAGCUAUUAUGAUUGUCUUCAUACACUUUAGAGAAACACCUAUAGUGAAAGCUAACAAUUCAGAGCUGAGCUCACUAUUACUUGUUUCACUUUUCUUUUGUUUUCUUUGUCCUCUUACAUUCAUUGGUGAGCCAACGACGUGGUCAUGUAUGCUACGUCAUACAGCAUUUGGAGUUACUUUUGGUCUCUGCAUUUCUUGUGUUUUGGGGAAAACCGUAGUAGUUGUUAGUGCUUUUAGAGCCACUUUACCAGGAAAUAAAUUGGCUGGAAAAUUUGGGCCAGUACAACAAAGAGUCGUUGUGUUCUCGUGCACUGCAAUUCAAAUAGUCAUCUGUGUACUAUGGCUUAUAAUAAACCCACCAUUUCCAGAAAAAGUUCUUAAGUAUUACAAUAAAAAGAUCAUUUUAGAAUGCAACACAGGUUCAGAUGCUGCAUUCUAUGCAGUUUUAGGAUAUAUUGGUCUUCUUUCAGCAAUCUGUUUGAUUUUAGCAUUUUUAGCUAGAAAGCUACCAGAUAAUUUUAAUGAGGCCAAAUUCAUCUCAUUCAGUAUGCUUAUAUUUUGUGUUGUCUGGGUAACAUUUAUACCUGCUUAUAUCAGUUCACCUGGCAAGUACACAGUUGCAGUGGAGAUUUUUGCAAUUUUGUCUUCUGCCUUUGGCUUAUUGUUAUGUAUAUUUGUGCCAAAAUGUUACAUCAUUCUCAUAAAACCAGAGAGAAACACUAAAAAACACUUGAUGGGGAAAUUUCAAAACGCCGGUCUUUGA